AUGUUGACAGAAUUUUUCGGUACUUUUGUUUGCUGAUUUCUGUGUGUUAAUUUGGAGGCUAACAACCUCAUUCGUUCAUCAUUCUUGUAAACUAGGCGGCGGAUUUACAGUUAUCCUGGCUUUAGUUGUUCGACCAACCAACUCGCGAGAGGGUAGGCCGUGUAUGACGAAGCUUUACGUUAAUACAAGAUGGACCCUAAACAUAAGAAGUUACUGAGGAUGAACCGUGUUGAGUUGGCCCGCAGCAUAUGUGCUGAAGAUGUUUUAGAAGGAUUAGUAAACCGGUUGAUAUACACUUCAAGAAAAAUGGAGGACAUUCUGUCGAAGGGGAGCAAACAAAGGGUUGUGAACUUCCUUCUUAAUGACAUUGAGACGCGUGGACCUAAAGCUUUCAAAGCCUUUGCAGAAUCACUAGUAGAAGCAGGUGUCCCUCACCUGGCUGAAAAAUUAAGCCCUGGUAUUUCACGCACUGUGAUAACUGACUACGACCAAUAUGCUACCUAUAGUUCAGAAACACCUAUGACUCAGGGACAUAUAAGAACACCUAUGCCUCAGGGCCAUAUGUCAACACCUAUGCCUCCAAGCCAGGUGACAACACCUAUGGAUCAGAGCCAAUCAGCAAUGCCAAUGGAUCAAGACCAAGUACCAGUAGUGAAACAAGAGGUUGGGAAUCAAACGGCAGUGUACAUGAAAUUAGACCACAGAGCCUUCAGCAACCAGUCUGCUCAAGAAGUGAGCGAUCACCAGUUGGGUGCAAACCCAGAUGUUACUAGUAUCCCCAUGGUUUCCCAGCCGACGUCGGAUGUUUCUAUUAGUCGUGAUCCAGAAAGGGUUUAUAAGAUGGAAGCUAGUCCGCGCGGAUUUGCAGUAAUCAUCAACAACGAAAAAUUUACAAAUUUAAAACAAAGAUUGGGGACACAAUACGAUGUUCGUAAUCUGACGUAUGUGUUUAAACAGUUCAACUUUAGUGUUUCAAACCAUGAAAAUUUGACUGCAACAAGAAUGAGGAUGUUGUUUCAAGAUUUAAGUAACCUUGAUCAUUCAAAGUGUGAUUGCUUAAUUGUUUGCGUGUUAACGCAUGGAAUGCAAGGUGGUCUAUACGGCACCGAUGAGGGCAUAGUUAAUAUUGAGGAGAUCACCAAUUACUUCCACGCAAACCGAUGUCCGACGUUAGCUGGCAAGCCAAAAUUGUUUUUCCUACAAGCUUGUAGAGGAGAAAGUAUUGACAAUGGCAUUGAGUCGACAGACGGGAGUGCAAUUAUCGAUGAAAGAAACGCUCAUGCCACUGGACAAUCCUUCAACUUUUAUGCACAACCCAGUGAUGCAAGAGUAAUGACUGAUUUAAGAAAUGGCCAUCAGGAAGCGAUGGGAAUGGAUUAUAUAGAUGCCAUGCGAAAUAAACUACCUAGUCAGAGUGACAUCCUCCUAGCCUACGCAACUGUGCAAGGUUACGUGUCAUGGCGGAACUCUGAGCGGGGCUCGUGGUUUAUCCAGGCUUUGUGUGAAGUUUUGCUGGCACAUGCAAGCACAGAGGAUUUGCUCUCCAUGAUGACAAUGGUCAACCAAAAAGUUGCCCAUGCAUACGAGUCUACAAAAGGACGCCACAAGCAGAUGCCUGCUCCUGUGACAAUGUUAAGGAAGAAGCUCUACUUUUUCCCAGGAAAAUAAGUGUGAAAGAUUUUUCAUUUAAAGAAAGGAUUUUUUUUAUAUGCUAUAGACAGUCAGCAUUCUACAAAUUUCACCUAUAUAUGUAUAUAAAAUAUUUAUACAUAUAUAUAAUAUUAAAAUUUUUAUUGUAUAAUAAUUUUAUGUAAAUAUUUUAAAGUGGAAAGCUACUAAGGUUUCCAAGAAAAAUUUAAAGACCCUUGUAUUGUAUGGGAAGGUCCAACAAAUAAAUUCCAACCGGUAUCAUAUUUUUUUUUUAUUGAAAAUGAUCAAAAUGGUGGUAGCCACUGUGGAGAUCUCUAGGUCUGCGGUUCAAUUCCCAUGCUGCUUUCCUUGUGUUUCAGCUGGAGGGCUGAAAUGCAAGUUACAAUAGCGCACCAUCUUUUGGAUGAGACAAUUAAGCAGACGUUAACCAUCUAUGGCCCAUGUGCACGUUAAAGAACGCAGUACACUCUUCGGAAAAGAGUAUAGGAUUGUCUCCAGGUGUACUGCCUAAUCCUGAUGUCAUCCUGAUGAUGACAUAAUUAAUGUUGAAAUAUUGAAUCCCUAAAUGAUGGCGUGCAUUUCGAUACUUGGAGUACGUAUUAUACUAUCUUAUCUGAGAUUAAUCAGUGGACCUUUCGGUACUGCCCAAUCACCACCAGAAGGACCCCACUGGAAAUAAAUCUUCUUUUAGACUUUCGUGGGCUAUCCUUGAUGUUUACACCGAAUAAAUCUAAUCUAAUCCAAUCCAUGAUGGUUUUGUCCUUAUUAAUGGACAAUUAAAGUAGAUUAAUUUGAUGUCACCUUACAACAACCCAUGUUCAAUUAAAACUGUUCUUUCCUGCGGUCAUGCCCAUAAUUAUAAUCAAGUUGUGAUUACUAUUUGAAAAAUUAUACGAAAAAAAUAGGAAAUACGAAUGAACUUUAUUAUCUUUUAUUAUUAAUAACAAAAGAAAAGUAUCUUCAGUUAGCAAAUGCAGACAAAAAACAAAACAAAAAACUAAAAAAAUCUAUAAAAAAAUAUAUAUAUAUAUAAAAUCUAAUACUGUAAUUGUAUGUUCCACAUGAUGAUAGUAGUAUGUUCAUGUAAUUGUCACCCAUCAUUUACCCUAUUAUGUAUGUACUGUGCAAUUUAGUAACUGAUGGAGAUUGCUAAUUGGUUAAUAGAAGUCAUUUGACAAGUUCUUUUAAUAUGACUGACUGGAAUAUGAAUUCUAUUGGUGCUGUAAUUUACAGGAUUAUUUGUUACACACACUUGUUGCCAUGGUACUUCUUGCAUGUGUUAUUGGUCAUUACCAAAAGUGGGCAGCAUGCUAUAAUUGACUGUAGAGGGCGCUAAUCCAAACUGUAUAUACAAUACUGUAUUCAUGUCAGCUUAUUUAAAAUAUUUGAAAAAGUGAGCAAAAAGUGGGGCAUAAUAUUUCUGGAAUUAUUAAUUAAUAUUUAUAUCAUAUUAAACAAUCUGUCUUUGGUAAGUUGUUUAAUACAAUAUAAAUAUUAAUUGGUAAGGCACAAGUGGUAUUCAAUAUACUAUCAAAAGUGUGGAAGGCAAGAUACAUCAGCACAGUAACAUAGAUAAAGAUAUUCAACUCAAAUGUGAAACAUGGUGACACUACUGGUCAAAUAAUAAGGAAAAUUAAAGUAUUCAUUAAUAAAUGUCUCAGAAGGAUUCUCAGAAUAUGGCGGCCUGAAAAAAUAAGAAAUGAAGACCUUUGGGAAAGGACGGGACAGGAACCAGUGAAAACUGAGAUUGGCAGAAGGAAAUGGAAAUGGAUUGGUCAUGCGCCGAGGAAACCAAGAGAUAACAUAAUGAGACAAGCCCUUGCAUGGAAUCCACAAGGAAAAAGAAAUAGAGGAUGGCCAAAAAAACAAAAACACCUGGAGGAGAGAACUGGAAAAGGAGGUGAGAUUUGCUGGUUACAACUGGACAGAGGUGCAACGAAAUGCUCAGAACCGUGUAUUAUGAUGGAGACAUGUGGUUGAUGGCCUAUGCACUGCCAAGUGUAACAAGGCUUAAGUAAUUAAACAACUUAUGGUGAUUUUUGUUUACUACUUUAAUUUAAAAAAACGUUUUGUAAGGAUCGAUAAUAAAUGCAUGUUUAGUAAAACAGUAUAUGAAAAAGUAACGGCAAAAUUGGCAUCAUAUGUUACUUCCAUAUUUUUUAUAAAGUGAAUUUAUAAUAAAUCCAAUUAAAGCAAAUUUAGAAUAUAUAAUAUAUAACAGUGAACUAAUUUAAAACAUUAUGGUCAAUUUCAAUAUUUUAGUCUUUAUUGUAUUUUAUCUUUUUGUGAUUUUUUUUUUCUUGUAUUGUCUUUAUUCUUUGUAAUUUAAAUGUUUGGGACUUCUGGCUCGCCGAGUCAUAGAAGCAUUGGCUUCUUUAGAAGUCCCAGUACAUUUUUUGAGGCGUAAUGAAUAUAUUAUAUAUUUAUAAUACUUUAGAUGUCAACCAGUAGCUAGUGUAUACAGUAGAUAUUAACUAGGUUUAAUUCCUUUGGCAGAUUUUGUCAUAGUAUUACAAUAGUUAAGUGAUUUUUUUUUUUUCAAAAGAGAGAUAUGGGUGAACAUUUCUAGAAAAUGUAGAGCCACAUUAACCUGAUCUUCAGAAAAAUGGUAUACUGCUAUAGGGUGAUACGGUAGAUUAUUUACCGAUUGCAAAUAGCUUCUAUAUUGCAUUUGUUUUUGCAGACUGGCUAUGGUGCAGGAUUUUGAGGAUCAAAAUUUAGUUGUACAUACCUAUAAAUUAUGUUUAAAUUAUCUAAGAGGUUAGUUAAACACUAUUCCAACAUUUGAGUAUUUUUUAAAAGCAAACUAGGAGUGCUUCUGAUGCUUGUGUUAAGAUGCUUGCUUUCAAUCUAAGGGUCCUAAAUUUAAAUCCUGUCGAUUUUGUGGGAUUUUUUCUUACGAACAUAAAAACUCCUUCAUAUGUAUAUUACGUAUAUCAAAAAAGGAUAUCAUUAUACAGCAGAACCCCUCCUUUGGGACACCCCUAUUCAGGGGACACUUUUCCGUGAAAUGAGAGGAAUAUACCUUAACACUAUGGCCAACCCCUACUAAGGGGACUUGGACACUUUCCAAGAGUGCAAAAGGGUCAAAUCAAUACAAUUUAACCCCUAUUAAGGAAACUUGGACACCUUUUGUUUUAUCAAAACAACUACAGUAGUAUCAAAAUAGGAAAAACAUCAUUCACAUUUAUAUUUUGACAGUUUUUGAGCAGUAAACUUAACAUUAAAAACCAGAUUUUUUUCCUCUCAAUCUUUAGAAUGGACACUGGAAUAUAGUCUUGUCAAGUUUGACGAUUAACCAUCAUGAUUUCGUUUUUGUGUAUUUUCAUAUAGGAUUGUAAUCUAUACCGAACAGCCUGCACCCUAAUUUCUUAGUCAUUACUCUAUUCAAUCUCAUCUUCAAUCCAAUUUGGUCAUUAACAUUGCACUCGAAUCAGGAAAAGCUUUUUGGGAACAUAUACAACUUUUGUAGUUUUAAUUACAUAUCGUAACUUACCAUCUGUGUUACCAUUGUAUGAAAAUAUGUCAAAAGAACCCCUUAUAAGGGGGACAAUUUCACGUUUUUGGUUAGUGUCCCCAGAAUGGGGAAGCUUUGUUUGGUUCCGAAGGUGUCCCCUUAAUAAGGGAUCUACUGUGUCAUAUUUGAAAGUUUGAUUUUAAAUAUGAAAUAUGAUGGUUUGCUCAAGAAAAUAAAGUUUAAUAAGCUCUGCUAA